AUGCAGGAGGAGAAGAGGGUCUUCCCUUUGGAAGUUGAAGGGGAAGACAAUGCCGAUGAAAAUCUGCCAUACAUUAGACUGCGAUAUGCAGCAAAUACUUUGGCCUUUGAUUUCACCUAUGCAAAUUGCUCGCAAUUUGAGCCUUCAUGGAGAUAUCUGUUGGCGUACUUGGAAUCAUACGAACCUAGCUUGCGGUCCUUCGCAUUGCAGUGCAUCGGCAUGGCGUCAAAGUCCAUAUCACGGACCUUGAUAUCAUCAGAACUACGGCAGAAGCUUGUGUCGAUUUUGAUCAAAAUGGUGGCUGGAGACGAGGUCUGGCAGAAUCGAUGCUUAGCUGCGCGAAUUCUGGGAGAAUCGGUAUCUGUAAUGCUAUCACACGACUUUCCUGCAAAGUUACGGAAGUUUGCUUUUCAAACCGUCCUCACACAGUUAUCACGGGCUUUCCCCGCCGACUUAGAUAGUGCCCUAAAACAAGAUCCGACCAUACUGGACAAUUCGCACUAUGUUCCACCACACCUAUUUCGAUGUAGGAUCCAUUUCUUACAUGCCGCUGCCUAUUUUUUUGAAUGCCCAGAGGCCUUGACCCCGGACGUCCUCGGAUAUGUGGAUCGACUCAUAUCGUGCCUCCUCGGUCCGAAGGUUCACCAUUAUCUGCAGGCCGCGGCAAUACAUGCCAUACAUGCUCAUUUGCCUGUGACGAAUCGAAAUAGAAUCCGGGUGGAGAAACUUUUCCGAAAGCCGAUAGUUGCGCUUUCUCAGGAUUUUUUAACACCGGAUGGUACAGAACCGGAGACUGGACAGCCACCGAAACAAGCGUUGCACCCCAUCAUUACAAAGGAGCUUGCCCUCUUCUGGGCAGUGUGGUAUCAGAGACCAAAGGACUCGCAACUUGUCGCCAUCGUACCAAAUCCUGAACAGAUGAGUCGAAUGUUUGAGGGAUAUGCAUUCCGAAGAUGGCAGUGGUUGGUGGCGGAGAACUUUACUAUUGCACAAGAUUCUCAACCACAUGCGCUAGACGUAGAGGCCAAACGGAACGCCUUGCGUAAAACUAUAGACUGGCCCCAAAGCAGAGCGGUGUCAGCGAUGCUCAACGUCAAACUUUUUGCACCUUUAAAAACAAUCACUGUAACAGAUCCAGCCAGCGACAGCCCUCAGUCGAUGGAUAAUGUCGAAGAGCCAGAUGAGACGUUUGACAUACCAGAUCCUACGAUGCUGACGUUCAGCAUGAACCCACCGAUUCUCCUUUUCAAUCGUUAUCCGUUCCAAAAGGACAUAUUUCUACAAAAUAAGUCAGUUUCACACGACACCGCAUUCCGCUUGCAGGUUGGACCUGCGCGGUAUUUUCAAGCCUGGCCGACGAUUGGAAUACUCCCAAAAGGGGAAUCCACAGUUGUUACCGUGCGAUUUACCCCUUGCCCCCAUAUUGUACGGAAGAAUCCGGAAGUUGCGGGCUUCAUUCGCAUCCGUACUGCUGACGGUUUACCGAUGGAAAGGAUCUCGUUGCGCGCGUAUAAUAUGCCGGCUGUCAAGGUUUACCCGCAGAUACUCGACUUUGGGAUGUGCCCUAAAGGGGACCACCGUGUGAUGAAUUUCACCAUUGCCAACCUCCUGCCAAUCGACUGUCCAAUAGUCAUGCUGACGACUCCUUCCGCCAGCAGCUCGAUGUUUCAGAUAUCACCCACCCAGACGGUCUUAAUGCCGAAGGAGAGGAAAUUAUUCCAGAUAAAAUUUUGCCCCACAAUGGAAGGAGUUCUCCUGGACCAGUUGCUGUUAGUAGCUUUUGGGGGGGAAGUGUACCGGAUACGUUUGGACGCAGUAUGCGGUGAAGCAUUGCAUAUAUUGGAUACCAAGCUGGAUUUCGGCCCAACAGACAUCUACUAUAAUGCUGUCGUCAAACGAGUGACCCUCAAAAACCGCGACAAGAAGCCACUUCCUGUCAGUUUUGAAGCAAGCACAGAUGAGCUGAAGUUGAAUAAGGAUGUUCCCAUCGUACUUGCACCCUACGAAGAAAAGCGAGUUGAGGUCGAAUUUUUGUCUUCGAUCACCGGGUCUCGCCAAGAAUCGCUAACGUUUCAGGCUCCACAUACACUUCCACAUCCUAUCGAAAUCCUGGCAUUCUCUGGGCCGGCGAUUUGGGUACCGGUGAUGGAAAACAUUAUUUUUCCUUCAACUCCAACCUUUCAAGGCGUGUGUGUGCAGAUCCCUUUGGUUAACCUAACCAAUGCACUGUCACAAUGCCUCAUCACAGUCCCCGUUAGUUCGCCCUUCAACUUGCGGCUUGUUGAUCCUGAGUUUGCCAAUCGGAAACCGGCGAGCGGUGGCAUACUCAUUGAAGCGAAAUCAUACGAAGGACCGGACUGCAUAGGGAUGUCACUUACCAUUGGGGCUCGUCUGACGGCCGUGAUUGAGGUGGAGUUUCUGAGCACAACAUGGGGAUCAUUCAAAACUCCUCUGUCUAUUAGUAUGGUGAAGCCGAGAAAGUGGCUAGUCACAACAAUGAUGCUUAAUGCGAUUGCUGUCAAUGAACUAUACCUUUCUCGUGAGAAGCCAACCGAUUUCCUGCGACGGUUUCUUGCAAAUCCCUCUGCAGAACCCGCGACCGGUCUUCUAGUCAAACGAAACACGGAUGCACGUUCAGAUUCAGGCACGGCAACCAAAACAUCGGAAAUUUUUGAACUCGACCCUCCUCUUCAGACGGUAUUUGGUGCACAUUUAAGUGGGCGAUUUGAAGAUGUUUGCGAGUUUGUGACCAUAACGAACAUCACCAGUGUCACCCAAAGAUAUCACAUUGUUCUAUCAGAGCAUUUUUAUACUGAUAUGCCGCUUGAUGGGGAAUUAGAAGGGAUGGCGAGCAUCGAAAUUUUGUUGCGCCUUGACACAGCGUUCUUCGAUGAAAUUGCUGCCCCAGAAGCCCUUCACCACCUUGUCAUUGGAUCAAUCACGAUUUUUGAUGAGAAUGAAAAGAAGCUUGGGAUGGUCAGUAGUGCAUUGCAUGGCAUUAUGGGCGAUCUAGUAUCGUUCGAAUGUAGAGAGUCAGUAGAUACCAUCAAAUAUCCCUCCCUAAAGGUCAUGGAGAAGUUCACGAGAAGGUUCCUACUACGUAAUAGAGCCCCCUUUGAAGUCGUAUGGGACGGCCGCUUGAUAUCUGUUGGGCAGCAGGGCGUUGGACUUCAGGCAGACGGUCUGCCUAUGAUUGUUCCAACCAGCUCGAACGCCGCGGAAUGGUGUCCCUUCAGUUUGUCAGUGCCCCGUGUCAGUUUAAAACCUUUUGAGUUUUACACCGUUGAUAUAACUUUCCAAGCUACUAGCUCUGGGGAGUAUCGCGCGAAGCUUUUUAUGGAAUAUGUGGAUCCUGUAACUCAUGUUGUAAAUGCGGAACAUCUGCGAGGGAAAACAAAGCGUAGUUUGCGCCAGCUCCUGUUUUAUUGCUCCGUUGGAAAUCGCGAUUUGGCUCACAAUCCGGAGAUUUUGACGCAUGGAGACACACCCAUUGGCGAAAGCCAGUCAUGUUCCUUGACCUUGAUCAACAAUCAACCUUUAAACAUGCAAUUAGCACUUGGUGCGACAUCGCCAUUUAGGCUUCUGGAUACGUGGGCGUCGCUGGGCAAGCAAUCAAAGUGGGAACUUCCGGUCUUUUUCGAGCCGGUAAAAAGCAAGGCGUACAGCGACCUGAUUACACUGUGCUUCGGAGGAGUAACACGUACUCUUUCUGUCCUUGGAACUGGCGGGAGGUCAGGACUGGAAUCAAAUCUAGCUCAACCCAUACGAACGGAUUAUUUGGAACCUAUGGUAAAUGACGACGGGGAUGAGCAACCGAUCAUGCCAAGCGCAUCAAAUAUCAUUCGAUUCGGAUUUGUUGAGCUCGGCCACCCGAAAAACAAAAUCUUUGUCCUGACCAAUACUGGCACUUUUGACUACGUCGUGAAGAAUAUUACGUUAAGCGAAGAUCAGUGCCUAACCUGGAAAUUCUUGGAAGACAGCGGGGGUGAUAACAGUUCAUCUGCACAGUCUGAGCCUUGGAGUGCUAAUUUUGGAUCUGAAAAGUUGGAUGAUAUUGAAAAUGACUGGGAUGAAAUAGAUUAUCGUGCACGAGAAACCGGCGGCACACCAAGUUCAAGGGCAGGGUUUGACCGUGGGUCGAUCACUGCAUCGUCUAUAACGGCAGCCCCGCGUCGGCGUCGGUACAAGUCUAUUUCACAUUCAAUGGUGCCUACGGGUUCUUCCAAGUUAUUUCCUUUCCGCUUGCCUCCUUAUCAGAAAUGUGGUAUUCUCCUCACGUUUGCAGGAUUUGAAAAGGGUGAGCGUAACAUUUCAAUCAAAGUUGAAGUCGAGCGAAGCAGUGGCGAACCAGAAACAUACAUGUUCUGGGUAUCUGGAAAUCUCCAACCAGCGCUUCAAUUAUGGGAGAAAAAGAUUGAAUAUGGUGUCCGCGCCGUCCAUGUUCGACAUAAAGCAGAGAUAAAGUUUACGAACACAGGUACAGUCCCACUACCAUGGAGCCUGACACAGGAAAGCACCAAAUACAUAGCAAUAAAGAAGUUUGACCCGGCCCCACUUCCGAAGGAUCUGAACAGCAUACCGUCUCCCAUAUCAUAUUUCCCCAACAAUGGAAAGCUGCUACCAGGCUGCACCCAAUCAGUUGACAUUGCUUUUACCCCAAGUCUCGCUCAAUAUGAAGUCUUCAGCUACUUUACCCUCCGAACUGAGGAUUUCGCAGAGGCUCCUAUUAUCGUACAUGGUGUCGGUGCAUCGUCUCGUCUCACGAUAGACGUAGAAGAACUGGACUUCGGGGUAAUAAGAGUCGGAACAAAUAAGGCCUUCAAGCUUAGCUUGCGAAAUAAGGGUAUUCUGCCCUUGAAGUAUUUUGUAGAAUGUUCCAACAUCCAGUUUGCAGCGGAUCCAGAGCAAGGACUAUUGGAUGGAGAUGGACGGGUGGAUAUAACGGUCAAAUUUACGCCCAAAACUGUUGGACAGCUCACCGCCUUUUUGCGCAUCUUACCUCACUCUGCCGAAGGAUAUAAUGUGGAACCUCUCAUGGUUUCACUACGCGGAAUGGGAAGCUAUCCUGAACUUGUUGUGCUUACCAGGACAGUUGAUUUUGGCACGGCUUUGUUCAUGACGCGAAACGUGCAACCAGUGAAAGUGCAAAACAAAGGGGCAGCCGAAGCUCAUAUCGUCUUUAGCUGCCACCAUCCUGGUAUCAGCUUAGACGGUGGAGAGAAAGGGGUGACAGUGGGUCCCCACACUGUCAAAGACAUCAAUAUAGUCUAUACCCCCCAAGUGGUUGAGGUGUUGAACGUCAAAGCAUUUUUGCGGUCAUCGGAUAGCAGGGGCGAUCAUUUUAUGCUGACUUUAGAUGGAUCUGUGGGAGUGCCCAAAUUGACCUUCGAGCCUACGGACAUUUUAGAGAAUCUGGACUUUGGUGUCUGCGCCGUUAACGGCAUUUACAAGAAGACAUUUAAAAUGGCCAACGAAGGUAACAUCAGUUUACCUUAUGCCCUGAGUCUGGCGCACAUGAAGACAGUCCAGCAUGAUGCCGAAGGACAUGCUAUGUCCAAACCCAACUCACCUCGACGUAAUGUUAUCAAUAUUGAACCGUCAUCCGGAAUCUUAGCGGUGGGAGAAGUUAUUGGAGUUACCAUCACCUUCAUUCCGGAUGGUCUCGCAGAAUACGAGUACAAUCUCAAUCUAAAUUACGAGUUCCGCACUUCGACUGCUAUUGUUAAGGGAACAGGAGGCAGAGCAGUGUUGAAAAUUGACUCACCACUACGACUCAUCGACUUUGGGAUCUGUAGAUUGCGGAGAGUCUUUAAGAAGCCUUUGACCAUAUCAAAUACGGGAAAUUUGGGCGUAGAAUAUCACCUGCGACCAGAACCAACUGACGGUGAUUGGACUGUUUAUAAGGAUGAAUUCAAGAGGAAGUCACAACUGAAAUCCCCACAGACUGUCGAUGUAAACGAGCAACCACAGGCUGAUAUAGUUGAAGACGCCGUCAAAACCGAGACGGAGGUGCCUGAGGAGCCAUUCUGGGUCUCGCAGCUUGCUGCACUCGGCUUCACUUUAAAAAACCCCAACGGAUAUUGCAAACCUUACGGGAAAACGGAUAUCAUAAUUCAAUACUCUCCUUCUGUAGAAUCGCUUGUGGCAACACGGCUGCGAGUUUACUUUGGCGAAGAGUUUGAGGAUGUCGAAAUAUGCGGUCGGGCGUCCGUCCCUCGAUUAACAAUUUAUGGCCCGUCCAACGAGUUGCUUGGGGGUGCUCCGCAAGAGAUUCGAACGGUGGAUCUCGGGGUCCACCCGAUCAACUCGGAACACGUUCAUACGUUGCAGUUAAGAAACGAUGGGCCGUUCGGGGUCGAUUACCUGGUUCAGCCUAUUGGUAUCCGGGAAUUUGAUGUGCAGCCACUUCGCGGAUUUAUUCUUCCUGGAAUAUCGAAGCCUCUUCGAGUUUACUUUCGACCCAAUUCGGAAAACAAGUUCCAAACUACUAUGAAGGUGCUGUGGGAGAAAGAGCCACUACGCUUGCACCUAGUGGCAAGAGGCGGCAUCGGCAAACUAGAGAUUGUCUACGCAGAUGAGAAGGACCUGGCCAUAAACGGACUAGACUUUGGCAUGGUGCCUUUCAAUAGCUCAGCGGAAAAGCACUUCUUCCUGUAUAACGUGGGAAUGGUUGAGAUCUCGAUGCAGGCGGAUAUCGACAAUGAUGAAUACGCCAUGUCCAUCUUAGGUGAUCCCACGCCGUACCAUCCGCAAAAAAAUGUGAAGCCCCAGUCCCCUACCAAACGUACGGUUUGGAAUUGGUAUUCUACGUUGCGAACGGUGAUACCUCCUGGCACUGGAGUUGAGGUUGUAGCUCGCUUUAUUGCGCGAUCGCCCACAGUUUCGGCGGGCAAUGUGCAGGUCAGAUCUGAAGGCGGCUCCUUUAUCGUACCAAUGCGAGGGAAAGGAGGCACCAUUCAAAUUUCCCAUAAAGGCGAUCUUAACAUGGGCGAUAUUGCAACUAACUACACUUACUCUCGUAAAAUUGUCAUCGUCAAUAGCGGAUCUAUACCAUCGAGUUUGACAGCCGAGUGGCUAGUUGUAGGUCAUUCAAGCGAACCAUCCUCGGCGUUUAUUCAACUGGCGGACAAUUUCACUGCAUUGGACCCACGAUCUAGGUGGGCAAAACAACAACUUUGCCGGGAGCGCGGAGUUGCGGAGAUUACCAUGAAUGCAAAGGAUCGCUGGCGACUGAUUGCUCUUAUGAUACGGAAGGCAGAAGUAUUGGAAGACGAUACUAUCAGCGGGGAUCCCCUUAGUAAACUGUGGGGAUCAACCCUUGGAAAAAUCCGAACCUUAAUGCAGCAAACUCCAGUCGCCCAGCAACCUCCUUCGGCAGCCAAUACAAGUAGCUCUCUUAACUCUCAGGUGGACAGUAGCGCUACAAAUAGUGCGACCAGUGUCCAGCCAGGCCGCGCAAGCUUGACCGGGGGCCCUAGUCAGAGCGUUUUGCAAAAGAAGGGUCUUCCCGCUCACUAUUCCGCUCAAUUCAAGCGCCGUCAAAUGUUUUUCCAUCUUAUCACGAACACACAGCUGACGAGCCAAUCACUACCUACGACAAGACCGUACAUUAAAGUGGAGCCAGCCACAUGCAUUCUGCCCAGCUAUGGAGAAGUCACCUUGAACGUGGAGAUCAACUUGGCUACUGAAGACACAUUCUUGGCGACUCUCGUGAUUCGACCAAGCGUGCUAAACACUCCUCCUCACGAAAUCUCCCUCACGGCUACACCAAAGGCGGUAAAUAUAGUCUGUGACGACACCCGGAUUCUGAACUUCCACAGGCAACCGCUUGGUGAAUCAGAAAUCAUUACACGGGCAUUUACAAACGUCGGACAUAAGGACGUCAAUUUCCGUAUAAUCAAUCCCAACGCCGCCUUGAAUGUUUAUCCAAUCAAGGGCUCGCUCAAAAUCGGGCAGACCGUCACUGUUCGAUUUACAUUCAAGCCUGUAGAUGAAUCGCUCCAAACCGGGGAUGUGAUCUUCGAGCCUGACAUUUCGCAGCCAAUUCGAUUAAAGAUGUAUGGUGGAGGUGGACAUACGAAAGCUUCCCUUUCUAGAUAUCGACGCUUCGAUUUUGGACAUUGCAUGAUAGGAAAGGACACUGUAUCUUUCCUUCCUAUAACUAAUGAAGGAAAUGCGAUACUGCACCUGACUCGUUUCGAGCUGCUCGAGACGGACACAUUUUUCAAAGGUUUGGACUGGCCAACCAGGAGGGUAUCCUUAUUCCCGGGAAAAAUGUACAACUUGCCCAUUGUAUUCAAUCCUCACGAGGAGAGUCCUGCGCCUGGACGACUGGUCGUUGGCACAAAUGCCGAAGCCUGGGAAAUUGAACUGAUUGGCCUCGGCAGGGAGGCGGUUCUAAUUGUCUCAAAAGUUGCUUUGGAAUUCUCUGAAUGCUUGAUCGGCAACUCAUAUGAACAGAAGCUUGGACUAAAGAACGUCGGCGAUGUGAACUACCCUGUAACUUUCAAACUGGAGAAAGAGUUUCCUGAUAUCGAAUUUAUCCCACCGUCUCUGAUUAUCAAUCCGUUCAGUGAAAGCGAGGUCAUCAUCGCCUAUACGCCUUCAAGAGAAACAAAGAGCACGGUUGUGCUCACCGUAUCUUCGCCGUAUAGUACCCAUAAGGUGCCCCUUGUGUUGCAUGCUGGCACAGCUCAUUUGCAGUUUGUUACCGAAGAACUAGACUUCGGAAUGUUUGAAAGAACAACCACCCCAAGCGUGAAGCUUGCGAUGAAGAAUAUUGGAACGGUGCGGACAAGCUACAGCAUUCGAGAUGUUGCGAAGCCAUCAAUGUUCAGCAUUGCCCACGGCAAGGGGAUACUUCAGCCAGGGAAGAGUGUGGAAGUCGUAGUAACCCACAUUAAACACGAAGUUGCUCAAUUUGAGGAGAAGCUUGCUGUUCGUACCGACUUGAUCGAUAAGAUUUAUUACAUCAAAGUCAAAGGACAAUGUGAAGAAGCUAUCCUUCAUGCUGAAGAGUUCAAUAUCUUGAAUAUGGGAACCUGUCCCGUUUUAGAAAACACGUCCAAACCCGUCUCAUUCACUAAUUAUGGAUGUUUUCCGCUGGAAUUCUCAGUUAAGAGUGCGUAUCCUCUGAAAGUUGCACCUGUUAGCGGCAUAGUACCUGGAGGAGAAACAGGCACCUUUCGCGUGACUUGGAAUCCCUCCGGUGGCUACGAACUCCGAACGCAUGUUUCAAUAAUGACCAACAUUGGAAACUUCAACAUUGUUGUUCGGGGUAAGGCGGCAUUCCCGGAACUUGCUGUUAAGAACAUGUACCUUGAUUUUGGGGUCUGUGCUAUCGGUCACAUGUACAAAGAGGCCUUCGCGAUAACGAACAAAGGAAAAGUACCUGUGAACUUCUCAAUACUUCCGCCGCGCGAAAGUACGUACUCGGUAUCAACAAACCAAGGUAGUUUGGAGCCGAAAGAAACGAAAGACGUUGAGGUCUUUUUCAAGCCAACUAGUGCGGGCAGAUUUGCGCACACGUUCACCAUUGAAUGCAAGGGAAUAAAUAACAAAGAGAUUGUUGUUGUUGGGGUCGGCGGAGGAAUGAAGCUCGAAUUCUCACCGAGCACGCUCGAUCUCGGACGGUGUCCCUGUGAGCUGUAUGUCUACCAUAGUUUGCUGCUUACCAACAAAGGGGAUGUAACGCUUUAUAUCGCGUUCAAACCCGCUGACUCGGCCUCCCAAGAGUGCUCAAUGACAAUGCCAGAGCCCAUUGUACUAAAGCCGAACCGUACUACAAAGUGUUUCUUUGGUGUGAUGGCUAAAACUGUAGGCCCCUUCAACUCCAAGAUCGCAAUACACACGAAGGAGAAAUCAUACGCUGUAAAUGUUACUGGAAUCGGAAUCAGGAUCGUCUUGACCCAAAGAAGCAAGGAGAUACUAGAAGGCGAGAAGCUGACAGCCUUGACACCCCCAGGUCCCUUGGGGAAAGAAAUAAGCUUCGGUGCUAUUGAUGACUGGCUGAAAAGGCUUGGGAAGCGUUUUAAAUUUGAUACAAAUGAAGCACUACACGCUGUUAGCCAGCUUCCAGUGCUGGCUACAGAUGAUUCGCUCAAAGCCUCGUUGAGCGGGAUCAAAACAGAGGACCCCAAACCUGAACCUGUGGUUGAAGAGGAUCCUCUCGUUCAACAGAUUUUGGAUUAUCCAAAAGUGCAGAUCCGUCAGAUCGGAAUGGAACCAAUAGUCCAGAUCAAUGAACCGGACUUAGACAUUGAUUUGGACCUCAUACUUGGACGGCCACCACCGUUUAAAAAGGAAGAGAAGAUCCCCGAGCUUAAAAUCGAGAAUGUAAAGAGCCAAAAGCGCGACUACAUGACAUCCCUUCCUCUACAGAGGUGGGCACGUAAUGCACGAACAGUGGACUCUUUCAAGGAGCGGCUACAAUGGUAGAUUAUGGACUUCUGUAUAUAACCGGCCUACACAACUUCAAUGUACAUAAACCAAGAGGAUAGAUGAUUACAUUCCCAUUCCCCCAUCUUUG